AUGCCCUUUGGACAAGUUAUUGUAGGUCCUCCUGGUUCAGGAAAGACAACGUAUUGUUGGGGUGCUUAUCAAUAUUUGACUGCGAUUGGAAGAAAAGUGGCGAUUGUCAAUCUAGAUCCUGCCAAUGACAAUAUACCUUAUCCUUGUGCCAUCAACAUAUUCGAUCUCAUCACACUUGAAGACACGAUGAAUGAACUUUCACUUGGACCUAAUGGUGGCAUCAUGUUUUGCAUUGAAUACCUGUUAAAGAACAUGGAUUGGUUGACAGACAAACUAAAAGAGCUGGACGACCAUUAUAUCCUGUUUGACUUUCCAGGUCAAGUAGAACUAUUCACACACCAUUCAGCUGUCAAGGACUUGUUACAUGCACUUGAAAAGAUAGACUAUCGUCUGGUAGCAGUCAAUAUGGUGGAUGCUCAUUACUGCACAGACCCUGCUAAAUACAUCUCAGUCUUACUACUUGCAUUAAAGACAAUGAUACAACUAGAACUACCCCAUGUGAAUGUGUUGUCUAAAGUAGAUCUGAUAGAAUCGUAUGGAAAACUACGAUUCAAUCUACAAUAUUAUACAGAAGUGAUGGAUUUGUCUUAUUUACUGGAUUCCUUGAAUGAAGAUCCUUUUGGCUCCAAAUACAAAAAACUAAAUGAAGCAUUGUGCGACUUGAUUCAGGAUUUUUCACUUGUUGGUUUUUAUACUUUGUGUGUUGAAGACAAGGAUUCAAUGACCAAGUUACAACAAGUGAUUGAUAAAGCAGGUGGCUUUAUCUUUGGUGGUCUGACAGAAGGAAAUGAGUCCAUCAUGUUAACUGCCAUGAAAGCAGGUUACCAUGAAGAUGUGAGUGAUGUACAAGAAAGAUGGAUAGAAAAUGAUUUGUAA